AUGGAUUCCAAUAGGGGGGAAGAUGCUGCUGCCAUCGCAUCUCAAAUCCUGUCACAAGCCUCUACAACCGAUGAAGACAGUCACACAUCGACGACGCUCGACAUGACGGACACACCCUUUCAACAAGAUGAUACCGAUAGCAAGUGGGAGGGCUCUUUGGAAGUUACUGCAUACGAGAGCUCAACGCAGGCCCAGAACGGACGCACACUGCUGCCCUUCCCAUUAGCAAAGGCGGUCACGUAUACGACGCAGUCGGCAAGUAGAUGUCUCCAAGUGGGCACAUCGGUGGGCUCGCUUGCUUUCAGGAUCAGCAGAUAUGCGACCCUGAGCGGGAUAAACUUGAGUCGCCACUGGGUUGAGGGUAUCAUCACCCGUGCCGGCAAAGAUGUCAUGGCCGUUAGCAGGUCAGACUUUAGUCGCGCGCAGACGGCGAACUUUGUGGAACGCGGUUUGACCAACAUUCACACCUCCAUCACCGCCAUCGCCCUGGCCACCUCGGCAUGUUUCCAAUCAGCGGAGACGUAUGUUUCUUCGACGCAUCAUCUCACCCAGUUCUAUCUGGGGUUCAUAGACCAGCUUCUCGGCACAACCGAGUCAUCGCGCGCCAUCGCCAGUAUCCUCACACUGAUCCGUCGAGAAUUCCAAAAUCCAGCGACGGGCGAAGAGGGGGAAAGAGUUGGCAUGCUUGACCUCCUCCAGGGGCUUGUUUUGAUGGUGGUACUGCAGGUAUAUUGCAGAGACAUGACCGAGAAUGAUCACCGGAAACAGGGGGUCGACGAGGUUAUUUGGGAUGUUGUGGUUGACGUGAGCGGCGAGAGAUUCAACUUUCACCACAAUAGCCUCUACGGAAUGCACAACGGAGCAUACAACAAUCUCGAGAGCAAGGAAACCUCGCGCACGAUGGAUAAAAGCACCAACACGGCCGUCAUGAAUGCUAUACAAAACCACAGUGUGCAACACAGCAGCGAUGAGGAUUAUGACUUGCCGGAAUUACACCUGAAGAACCAGAUUCUACAGAGCCUACCGGAAGAAGCAAAAGUGACAAUCAAGACUGAGACGACCACCAGCAAAACAAUCACGGUCGAGAUUAGCGGCGCAAGCCCACCUCCACUUUCGCCGCCUCCGGGGGCAGAGCUGGUUGAGCAGGGGCCUACAAAGGCGUCCAAAUCAAAGGAGCUCACUUCCCGUCGCCAGGAUACCGUGACGGCAGAUGCCACGAGCUACCGUUACGUCUACAGGAUGGAUCGCAACAGUUUCAGGACCACAGACAUUCAUAGAACCGAGAGUGGCUCCGAUAACGAUUCGGCCAGCGAAACCUUGGGACUUAUCGAGGCGAGCCAAGACUCCAGCAGCGAGGAUGGCAGUGACCAGGAUACUUUGGAUAUACCGCCACCAGUCCCACCUAAAGGAGACAUGGCCCCUACUCGUUCGAGAGCGUCGCCAUCGAGUACCCGCAGUGGCACACCCACCAGAGGAUAUUUGCAAUCUACGCGGGCUACCAGCAGAUCCACACCUCCUCCUGAAUCGGCAAACCAGAAACGCCAGAGAGCGCCUCUUAAGCCAAAAUCGUCAGUUGCACGCAACGAAGCGCCGCCGAAGCCCAAGCAGCCGCUCCCGCCGAAGAAGGCGAGCAGCUUUCGGGCAGCUCUCAAGAAGGGGCCGGCACCAGCCCUCUCAACCUUGGUCCGCAGGGAAUCGACCGACGGCGAUGGGUUGACCUUGAAGGCGUCUAGAAAAUCCAAGACUGCACCCGUCAGCCCCGUUUCCCCUGCCGUGUCCAGCUUCUCUCCGUCGGCGGCGCCGUCGGAAUCUCCAACUGUUCCACAAAUUGUUGUACCUGGGCGCUCCUCGUCGACAGCUCAGUCUCUAGUACCCAAGCGUGAUGCACCUCCACCCCCGACUGGCAUCAACAAUGGCAGUGCUGGUGCUGUGGCCAAGACGACGCCAUCAAGAUCUGGUGGCACGCCUGAUCCUCUUCCAAGAAGCCACUCGCGCACGAGUUACUUUGCUGUUCACGAGAGAAAGCGAGACUCGCUUGUUUCCCAAAGCGACACAUACUCAAUCCACACUCUGGAUAGCAACCGACCGAUCAGCCCGAGUCUGAUGCGUUCUGACGCUGCUGCUGCUUCUUCUUCGGGCGUCGUAGGACUUCGGCCGCAGAGCCGUGGGUCUUUGUCCAAGUCGAGAUCGGAGAAGGACAUCGCUGAGCGCAACCCACUAUCGUCUUCAUCUGGCUCGUCACAGUCCCGAGCGACAAACAACAGACACCACCGCAGGUCGAGGUCUCAAAACCCCAGCAUCUGCACUCUCAAGACAAGCGACUCGCAGACUUCCCUGGUGCUGUCGUCGUUUUAUUCGCGGAGCGCGUACAGCGAUAUGGAAUCCCUAAACGGACUGCGCAGCACAGGCAUAGUUCCGGGCAUGUUCCCAGCGUGCCCCUUUGUGCGCAACAUCACGCGCUACAUGCUUUUCUCCUCGGCGUCUUAUGGCUCCAGCUUCUUGAAGGUGAUGGGCAUCUCCAAGCAGAUGGCUUGGUCGCAGGCGCUCAACGACGACACGCACCACGAGCUGUCUUCGUACGCCCACCACACCCAGUCCGACACUGGAUCGAUUCUGCUAUCUUCGUUUGUUGAUCCGCAGGGUGGAUCCGACUCUACUGGUUCGACAAACACGGGCGUGCCGUUGGCACAUUACAUUUCGCUCGAUAAAGAGGCGAAAGCCGUCGUCCUGGCAUGUCGCGGGACUCUGGGAUUCGAGGACGUGCUUGCGGACAUGACUUGCGACUACGAUGACCUCCUGUGGCGUGGGAGAAGCUACAAGGUGCACAAGGGAAUCCACGCGUCGGCCCGCCGUUUGUUGUAUGGCGGCGAUGGGCGCGUGCUCGCGAUCCUGAAGGCGGCGCUGGAGGAAUACAAGGACUAUGGGCUCGUGCUUUGCGGUCACUCUCUGGGCGGCGCCGUCACGGCUCUCCUCGGAGUGAUGCUCUCGGAGCCGAGCAGCUUACCGACGGGUCCUGCGUUUGUGACAUCGGCCUCGUCUUUGCAGUCGACGUCGUCUUCGGAGCGCACCACCAAAGACCUCUGCCUCCCUGCAGGACGGCCCAUUCACGUGUUUGCGUACGGCCCCCCGGGAACCAUGUCGGCGUCGUUGCGUAAGGCGACGCGGGGUCUCAUCACCAGCAUCGUGCACGGCGACGACAUUGUGCCUUCGCUAUCGCUCGGCGUGCUCCACGACCUACAGGCGGUGGCUAUCGCAACCAAGAACGACAAUAGCGAGGCCAAGAAGGACACGAAUGAUCGGCUGUGGACCGUCUUCCGGGCCGGAUUGGCAAGAGCGUGGCAAAGCAGCUACAGCAUCGGCGGUCUGCAGAGUGGUGAUAAUGCGUCUCCGGAUACGGAGGACGGGCCCUGGACGUUUGCUGCGCUGAAGAUUAUACGAUCUCAGAUGAUGAGUAUGAAGCUGCUCCCUCCCGGCGAGGUUUUCACGCUGGAGAAGACACGGGUGCACAGGCGGGAUGCAUUUGUGGCCGGAGGACCUCCUUCGGGCGAAGGGGGCGACGGGUCGCCAACAGUCGGUGCCGGGGCAACUGGGUUCUUUAUCGACGGGACGCCGGCCACGCGGAUCGUGCUGAAAUACAUCAAGUCUCCGGACGUGCGGUUCGGCGAGGUCAGGUUUACGAAGAGCAUGCUGACGGACCACAACCCGAAGCGGUACGAGGAGGCAUUGAGCUUGUUGAAGGAGGGCAGAAACGAGUCUUCCACCACGACCAGGGACGCCAUCCUGGCGUUGGGACGCAAGUGCCAAAUCUACGUUGCGGACCUCGCGUCGCCCUCGAGCGUGGCGGCGCUGACGCCCAAGGUGCUGGCGGACGGGCACCAGGUGCGGAUCCUGGUCAACUGCGGAGGGAUCCAGCGGCGGCACAAGUGCGAGGAGUUCCCGGACUCGGACUUCAACGAGGUGAUGCAGGUGAACCUGAACGCCGUGUUCGCGCUGACGCGCGACGUGGGGGCGCACAUGCUCUCGCUGGACCCGCACCCCGUCACGGGCCGGCGGGGCUCCGUCGUCAACUACGCGAGCCUGCUGUCGUUCCAAGGCGGGCUGACGGUGCCGGCCUACGCCGCCAGCAAGGGCGCCGUCGCGCAGCUGACAAAGUCCUUCGCCAACGAGUGGACCAGCCGCGGCGUCACCGUCAACGCCAUCGCGCCCGGCUACAUCGCCACCGACAUGAACGAGGCCCUGCUCAAGGACCAGGACAGGCUGGCCAGCAUCUCGGCCCGCAUCCCCGCCGGCAGGUGGGGCGACCCCGACGACUUCAAGGGCACCACCGUCUACCUGGCCAGCAAGGCGAGCGGCUACGUCAGUGGCCAUGUGCUCGUUGUUGAUGGCGGCUGGAUGGGCAGGUAG